GUAUGAUACGUUAUAUACAGUGUAAAUAUGGGUGGAAUGUACAGUAGUGCACUGAUAAACGUGAGUUCUGAAUGGUGCAAAAAUGUGUAGUGGAGAAGCAGAGCAAAAUACAAAGUGACCAUGCAGUGUUGACAUUGUGUGAUGAUCAGCCGUUCAGUGCAGUAACAGCCACAGAAAAAACGCUAGUCUGUUUGUGCGGCUCUGAGGCACCUGAAGCUUCCGCCCUAAUAGGAGAAGUAUGAAUAGUCCUUGGUCGGGGUGAGAGGUAUCUUUGAUGAUACUCCUCACACUUUGCGGUUAGCGUUUCUUGUGAAUGUUGUUAAAGUUGGGUAGCUAAGAGAUUCAUUUGGCGGUUUUCACCACCCUCUAAAGGGCUUUCCGUUCUGAAGCAGUGCAGCUGCUGUAACACACUGAGAUGCAGUUAGUGAAGAUGCUCUCAAUGAUCAGGUUUAAAGAGUUCAGAGACCAGGUGAGAUCCUCAGAGAUGUGGACUCCAAGGAAUUUAAAGCUGGGCUCGUUUUUAAUCCACAAUGAUCUCUUGUGUCUUCUUGGUGUUGAGUUUCAGGUUAUUGUCCUCACACAAUGGUACUGGGUGCUGGAUCUCCUCCCUGUAAGCCGUCUAAUCGUUACCUCUGAUCAGGCCUACCACCGUGGUGUCAUCUGCGAACUUAACGAUGCUGGUUGAGGCAUAGGCAGGUACGCAGUCAUGGGUGAAAAUUGAGAAUAGGAGAGGGGACAAUACACAUCCCUGAGGAUCCCCAGUGCUGAGGUUGAGACUGGAGGAGACGACUGUGUUCAGUCGGACAGACUGUGGUCUAUUCAUAAUAAAGUCCAGGGUCCCGUUGCAGAGAUUUGUGCUGAUGUCAAGCUGUUUCAGCUCCAAGAUUAGCUUGGAGGGACUAAUGGUGUUAAAAGCUGAUGUCCAGGUGGGUCAGGGCAGAAUGAAGUACCGUAGAAAUGGUGUCUUCGGUUGACCUAUGCGGGCGAUAUGCAAAUUGGUAUCGGUCCAGAUUUGGUGGCGGACAGGCUUUAAGAUGGGUGAGGACCAGUCUUUGUGAUUACAGGGAUGAGCACAAUGGGACUAAAGUCACCAAGUUCUGUUGCAGCAGAGUGUUUUGGCACUUGAAGCAGGUGGGGACAGUUGCCUUUGGCUUUGCAGAUUCCUCUCCUCAGAUUGGCGCAGGCGACGCUGUAGGCCCUCCCGGUCUCCAGGUCUAAAGGCUGUGUUUCGUGCUUUGGGCAAAAGACUUUAAGCCAGAUUUAACAGUCCUGAUUGUGGGUUUCACACGUGUGACGACUGGAGAUUACUUAGGCAGCAGGAACAACGAGAGAUGGUCCGAUUGUCCAAGGUGGGGGAGGGGUAUAACCCGCUAUGGACAAAUUAUGAUAAACAAAAUAAGUAUCUUCACCUCUCAUAUCUUCUGUUCGGAGUAGUUCUUUUGUCACGUGACUAAUAUAAUUAUUGUAACAAUGACAAGAUCAGACUAAAAGAAAGCUGAUCUAUUACAUGGUGUAGCGUCUAUGGGAGUCGAACGACAGAAGAGUCUAGAAGAGUGGAGAAGUUAACUACUCGAUUCUGUUUCCUGUACAUGAUCUACAGAGAUUUUGCGACGCCUUAAACACGUGAGUUUUUGUAGAAAAAUAAAUCACUCUUUGAGACUCUUCUGAGUCACGUUACAGACUCGUUCAUGAGCUACUCAUCACUAAACACUUCUCGAUCUGUACCGGAAAUUUAUUUUGAUAUACAAUUUUUUUUGGUAAAAUCUUAAGUGAUAUUUAUAGUAAACCGAUUAAAUUGGCCCAAAUUAAAUUGAUAAAAUAAAUGGAAAAAUUGUAUGCAAGUGUGUUGUUUACAUUUAAUAUUUAUUUAUGUCAUCAUAACGUUGGUGAUGACUGGAAUUGGCAGCGAUUUCGCACAUGCGCUGUAAAAUCGUAUUUCCGGUACGAUUCGAGUUGCCACAGAACCAAAAGAGGCGGGGCAAUAAAAGCAAUUAGAUCUACACGUUUUAAAUGUUUUUUAGCUUUUGUCCAGUAGGUGGUGCCGACGAUAAAUUCGGUUCCUAGCCUCAGGUCAUGGGUAUAAAGCAGUUUGCGGAGUUUUGUGUCGGUUUGCGACGUCGUUGCUGGGAUACAGCCUCACGUCCUGUUUGGUGCCGUCACUUCCAGGAUAGUCCAUGUCAUGUCCUGGGUCUCCAGCUUUCUCCUGAGGGAAGUCAAUGUCCGAUCCCCUGUCUGAAUCGCCCGCAUCGCCGUGGUAACCGUGAUCAUGCCGGCCCUCGCUACAGGUCCGGGUCCUGACACAGGUCUGUAUGAGCUGUUGUCAGUGUUGCCAUCUCAGCUUCAGAUGUACAUAAAGAGCACAGAAGAUCGCUCAUUUCUCCACACCAUGUUCAGCUCUCGGGGCCUGCACUCACUUGUCAAGAUCCAUGAGGAAUUGCAGCACUACAAGGAAAGAUGUCCAGCUCCUGUUGUGGACAGCGCUGGUGCUCUCGCUGAAGGAGUUUCUGAGGAGCUCCAGACAAAGCCACUGAGUGCAGACAUCACUGAGCUGCUGAAGCUCCUAUCGAAGCCUCAUGUAAAGAGUUUGUUGUCGGUUCAUGACACAGUGGCUCAGAAGAGUUAUGACCCCCAGCUUCCUCCUCUUCCAGACGACAUCGACGAUGAUGAAGAUUCGGUCAAGAUCAUCCGACUCGUCAAGAAUAAAGAGCCUCUAGGGGCCACCAUUAAAAAAGACGAAAAAACCGGCGCCAUCACCAUCGCUCGCAUCAUGAAGGGAGGAGCUGCAGACAGAAGUGGGCUAAUCCAUGUGGGAGACGAGCUGAAGGAGGUCAAUGGAUCUUCAGUGGAGGGGAAGAAACCAGAGGAUAUCAUUCAGAUUCUGUCUCAGUCUGAAGGUGCCAUCACGUUUAAAGUGGUACCGGGGCCUGAGAGCGAGGGUCCUGCAAGCGAACACAAGAUGUAUGUGAAGGCUCUGUUUGAUUACGACCCGGAGGAGGACAAGGCGAUUCCCUGUAAGGAGGCAGGAAUGAACUUCAGGAAGGGAGAUGUUCUGUGGGUCAUGUCUCAGCAGGAUGCUACAUGGUGGCAGGCCAAAAUAGAGGGCGGAGCCAACCCUCGUGCUGGACUCAUCCCCUCUAAACACUUCCAGGAGAGGAGAUUAGCUCUCAGACAGACAACAUCCAACACACAGCCUCAGAAGGUGUCUCGGAAACCAUCCGUUUUACGGAGAAGCUUCCGUCUGAGCAAAAGGGGGAAAAAGACGAACAAGUCGAUGUACGAGUGUAAGAAGAGCGAUCAGUAUGACACGGCGGACGUCCCCACUUAUGAAGAAGUUGCUCCAUACUGUCGAGCUCACGGGGCCAAGCACAGACUCGUCGUCCUGGUUGGUCCUACAGGUGUGGGUUUAAAUGAACUCAAGAGGAAGUUGCUGAUUUCUGACCCACAGCAUUUCAGCGUCACCAUCCCUCACACGUCUCGAGCAAAGAGGAAUCAGGAGAGUGACGGUGUGGAGUAUCACUUCAUCUCCAAGAACCUGUUUGAAACCGACCUCCAUAACAACAAGUUUGUUGAAUAUGGCGAGUAUAAGGGAAAUUACUACGGGACGAGUCUGGACUCAGUUCGGUCAGUUCUAACCAAAAACAAAGUGUGUCUUCUGGAUGUUCAGCCUCACUCCCUGAAGCACCUCCGCACGGCCGAGUUUAAGCCCUUCGUGGUGUUCGUGAAGCCUCCGUCCAUCGAGCGUCUGAGAGAGACCAGGAGGAACGCUCAGACCAUCUCAGGGAAAGGAGACAGGGACUCGUCCAGACCCUUAACGGACGAAGAUUUCCAGGAGACGAUCACGAGCGCUCAGCAGAUGGAGGAUCAGUACGGUCAUCUCUUCGACCUGGUGAUCGUGAACGACGAGCUGGCGCGAGCAUUCGGCGAGCUCAGCCAGGCUCUGAAGAAGGUGGAAACAGAGAUGCACUGGGUUCCGGUCAGCUGGACGCAAUCGUGAGGGAACGUCUUGGACGCAAAGACGGGACGCUACGUUUAAACAUGAAGAGACCGAGGACGAAGUGGAGGACGUUUUUUUUGUUGUUGUUGUUGUUGUUUUCCGAAGUUAGACGAGAUUUAUUUUCCGAGAUCAUUUAGCCUAAACGUGGUGACGGGGAGGGUUGUGUGUAACGGGGGGGUUUGCGGGGAUUUUAACCAGCUCUCGGACGCUUUUAUAGGCUACUGUGACACUAAAAGAAGGAAUUUUAGAUUUGUUUGUGUGUGUACUUGGUCAGCACGGUAAUUACACUCCAAAUGUCGUUAAACACGCGAGACAGCUGUGGAAGCGUGGGUUUACUUCACAGCGGGGCGAGCGGUCGCAUCGGGCAGCGUCCCGUUUUAACGUUAAUUUAUAAACACCGAAGGGAUUCUGUUUUUUUUUUCUGCAUUUUGGAUAAUUUUUUUUUUUUUUAACAACCCUGAAGCUCUUCCAACGUUUUUAUUUUAUAUUUAACUAGAAAAGUAAUAUAUUUUGAAUAAUUUUCAGGGGUUUUAUAAGCAAAAAAGACGACUUUUCUAGAGCUGAGCUUCUGCAAGCGGGUGAUGGGUUUAUAUUUAUACCAUAUAACGUAAUCCUGCUUUCAGUCUUCCUUUCUCUUCCUUUCGAGACUUUUACAGGAGGAGAAACUCUUCCGAUUUGAUCACGGGUACGUAGUCUAUACGCCAUUAAACCGCGGAACUGGCUCAGUUGUUGUCUUUUGCUUUAUUCAAGUCAGUUUUCUGUGUACAGCCUUUUUAAUUGUCCCAACGCAGCUUCGCAGAAAUAAAUGGAUUGUGAAUAUCCGAGGGGCGUUCAAGUCAAACUGGGACUUUGAAAGUAACCGGUAUAAAAAUAGGUGCUAGCGUGGCAGUACUACUCUGGCUAGCGUGUCCUUUUACUGAUUGGCCGGUAAUCAAGAUGGCCGACAAUGGUGUAAGUGCAUGGAACAGAGUGUGGUGAUGAAGUUCUGAACUAAGGUGUAAAGCCCACAGGUGUCUACUGAAGAAUUAAAGCGCUGUACGGUGAUGAGAUGUUCAGACACUGUAGGACAUUUUAAGGGUGUAAACGUUUUAAAGAUGGCCGUCAUUGACGAUCCUGUAGUUGUUCCCUGAUGACGAAGUGAAGCAGGCCGUCCAAGGAUGAGUUUAUAAAUGUAGCAGGGGAAUAUAGUAAAAAAUAAAUUCCUUCCCCACUCCUUGAAAUUUGUCCUUUUCUUUUAUAAACACAGACCCAGUUUGACUUGAACGCCCCUUGGACAUCAUGAGGAAGAAACCUCGACUCAAAAGGGAAUGUUCUCAACACCAGAUCUCCAUUCAUUGCAGUUCCAUCAUUGUUGAGGUUACCACUAAAGAUGGCUCCAUUGCUUAUGACAAUUGUAGUCACAGGUCUUGUGUGGAACCUUCCACAGUAACCUCAUAGCUCCUAUUCGUGUGGAAACUUCUUCCUCAGCAGCUAAUGGCCUCCGAUUCAGUUCCCAAGAAAUCAUGUAAAUGAUUUUAGAUGUUUUCGGUCAUUUUCUCAAUGUUCCCGAGUAUCGCUAUUUCAAAUCGAAGCUGGAACAUAAGAAUAAAUCUCCUGUUCUGCAGAGCGUUCAGGAAACUCAGCGCUGGUUGGUGUAAAAACAAGGUUAUGCAGGAAACUCGAUGUGGAUCAAGAAGAAGCACAAAGCAAUCUUCUGCUCAGGUGUCCAUUUAGUGUUUUUCUAUAUUCUGGUCAGUGUUCAAUCAGAAACGAUCUUCAGUCUUCAUCCUCACUGUGGUUUCAUGUUCAUGCUUCUUUCAUUACACGUUUUUCUUUGCUGUAAGAUAAAUGCCUUUGCAUUUAGCAUCUA